UGUAGUUGUGUAUAAAUCGUUGUUUAUCUACCUACAGUAACCAUGCUGAAAAUAACCAGUCUAGUGCUCGUUUUAUGCAUCUCCUGGGCAUCCGCUGAUGAUGACAUGGAAGCGCGCUUGAAAAGGUUCCAGGCGAAAAUGGAAAAACAACCAGGAUACGAAGACUGCCUGGCGUCCAGCGGCGCCAAGAAAGAGGACAUAUUCACUUUCCCACCCAGCGAGGUCAAAGAGGUGGGCUGCUUCAUGAAAUGCCUGAUGGAGAAGAGCGGCGUCCUCGGCGCCGACGGCAACAUCAACAUGGAAAAGGCGUUGGACAAUUUGAAACAGAUACCCCCCGAGUACCAGGAGAAAGCCAAGGAGGCCGUCACGAAGUGCAUGGAAGGCGUCAAAGUGGAGAGUUGCGAGGACGUGAUGAAAAUUAAAACCUGCAUGUUCCAGAUAAAGCAUCAUUGAUUAUUAAUUGUACGUUAAAUUUGCAUUCUUCCAAUUUUUAUUGUGCUAUUAAAAUCGAUCAACCACAAUUAAUACAC